AACUCCCUUUCUUUGCAGGCGACGGAGCGGAGCGUCGGGCCGGAGCGCCCUGGGGAAGAGUAGCUGCAGGGAACGGCUGCCGGGCGGCAGAACUUGCUGUGUCUCUGGGAGACGCGCGGGGCCCCAUGGAGCUUCUCGCCCUCUGUUGGCACCCUCUCUGGGUGCCUUGCACCCUGGUCCUGUCCGUGGUGCUCUGGGCAAGGAGGGCAGCGUGGAGACCUGCGGCGUGUCCCGUGGACCUGCGUGGCAAAACCGCCGUGGUCACCGGAGCCAACAGUGGGAUUGGCAAGUGCGCGGCUCUGGAGCUGGCGCGCAGGAAUGCCCGGACCAUCCUGGCCUGCCGCAGCCGAGAGAGAGGGGCGGCAGCCGUGGAGGAGAUCCGCAGGGCCACCGGGAACCCCGACGUCCACCUGCGCAUCCUGGACACCAGCUCCAUGGCCUCGGUGAGGAACUUCGCCCGGCAGUUCCUGGAGGAAGAGGGGAGGUUGCACAUCCUGGUCAACAACGCCGGGACCACAGGUUUGCCGUUCACGGUCACCCCCGAGGGACUGAGCCUGAUGUUUGCCACCAACUACCUGGGCCACUUUCUGCUCACCAACUUGCUUCUAGAUGCCAUGAAGGCCUCGGCCCCUUCGCGCAUCGUCAACGUCUCCUCCUUCAGACAUCAGACGGGGGAAGCGAACGUCCAGUUCCUGAGCGGAAAGGAGUAUCCGAAGAACGUCAGCAAGGCCUACGACAGCACCAAGCUCAUGAACGUCCUCUUCACGGUGGAGCUGGCCCGGAGGCUGCAGGGGACGGGUCAGCGCACUGCCCUUCCCUCUCGCGGAGUGACCGUCAAUGCUCUGAGCCCAGGAAUCGUCCACACGGAGAUCAUGAAGAACUACAGCUGGUGGGUUCGCCUCCUCUUCCAUCUCGUGGGCAUCCUCUUCCUCAAGUCGCCAACGCAGGGCUCCUUCAGCACCACGUACUGCGCUGUGUCCGAGGAAGUGGAGGGCAUCUCGGGGAAGUACUUUGACAGCGACUGCAGACUGGCACUGCCCUCGCCCCUCGCCCGAGACCCCGCCAUUGGCCGCAAGCUCUGGGAGGCUUCGGAGAAGCUGGUGGGCCUGGAUGAUGGCGGAAGGGAGCCUGCCAGCCGCAAGGUGGCCUAGGCCGGCCCGCGAGAAGGAAGCAGGGAUUCACGCUGCUCCCUAGGGUGCCAGGGCAGGACUCAUGUC